GGAAACGAAGCCAGGACUUCGCGAGGACAGGAACCCGCGUUUCGUCGUCCCCCGAGUUCGGGCACCGGUUCCUCCGAGGAUCCUAAAGUUUCACGGAAAACGCGCUAAAAUCGCCGUAACGCCUACCGCGACAAUUAUCUUGUAGCGUUCGAAAACAAGCGGCAAAAAUCGGUUAAUAUAUACACAUAUGUAUAUAUAUUGAAAAACAAAAAAACACGCAAACCUUAGUAGACAAACACUCGGUACAACAACAAAGGUUGUCCAGCAGCUGUGAACGCCACUUGACAGUGAUCGUACGCCUUGAAUUAAACACAGUGCACCCGUAAAAACCAGUGACAAAGUGCAACGAUUUUGAUUUCCCAUUUGUUGCCUUACCUUGUGAAAUGAAUUUCCGUUAAUCGCACCGCUCGAUUCACUAUACAUAAUACAUUAUUUUUCACAUCUUUCUUCGAUUUAUCGUUUUGUUUUUUUCAAAAAGCUAAAAGUGACGUCGUACGAGUAUUGAAUUAUCGCGAAACAAAGAGCGAAUGCCGAAGGUAGAAUCUUUACCUUGGAUUAAUCAGUGUCGACGCGCCGCGUCAUUUUCGGCAGCUCGGGAUCGCGUCCCGUGAAAGUGUGCAUCUUAAUUAGUUGUCGUUAGUGAAAUCGAGGGGUGAAUAUUCGUCGAAUAGUGGUACGGAGGUCCCGCGGGCUACCGCAAGAGUCCCGGAGGUGGAGGAGGAAUGACGGAACCCCGGAAGAUUCGACCCGUAGAGGGUUAGCGGCAUCCAAGGUGUCAUCCGCGAAGAGAUCGGCCUCCGGACGGCCCCGAACCGCCCACCAACCCCAUACACAGUGAGUGAUUCCUCGUUUCAACAACCCCGGCGAAAUCCUCGCCGCAGGUGGAUUCGGAACGCACCGAGGAUGCAGGACCGUCUCUCCUGGUACAUGGUCUUUUUAUUCCUGCCGACGAUUCUGCUCGCCACUUCGCUCGACAAAGGUCGUCGAGUACCGUACAGCAUGGCGCCGGAAUGGAGAGCAUUGUGGUACAGUAAUUUGGACGAGUUGCAAAGGGUCAACGACGCCAACGACAACAACACGAUAUCAAACGUGACCGUUCAGCUUGGUGGAAACGCCUUUCUUCACUGCAAGGUCAGAAAUCUUGCUGAACGUACGGUUUCCGGAGCUGAGAUAUCGUGGAUCCGCCGACGAGACUGGCACAUAUUGACCAGCUCUAUGUUCACUUACACAAACGACGAACGUUUCCAAGUGUUGCAUCCCGAGGGUUCCGACGAUUGGACGCUGCAGAUAAAAUACGUACAAAAACGGGACAACGGCACCUACGAAUGCCAGGUGUCGACCAGCACCGGUAUCCUGUCUCACUUCGUGAAUUUGAAAAUCGUAAUACCGGAGGCGUUCAUAUUGGGUAGCGGUGAGCAUCACGUCGACGUUGGAUCCAUAAUUAAUCUCGUUUGCAUUAUCGAGAAGAGUCCGUCUCCGCCGCAGUACGUGUUCUGGUACCACAACGAUCGUAUGAUUAACUACGACAACGCCCGCGGCGGUGUCACCGUGGAAACGGACCAGGGACCCCGAACACAGAGCCGACUAACUAUCCGGCACGCUGUCGAAAAGGACACGGGGAAUUACACCUGUAGCGCCUCGAACACGGAGUCGGCCUCCAUCUUCGUAUUCGUCACCGAAGGUGACAAGAUGGCCGCCAUACAACGGCGCAAGACAUCGGGAACGAAAAGGAACAUUGGAAAUUUAGCCUUAGUUUUAAUGUUCAUCGGGGUCUCCUCCCCAUUAGCCUCGCUAGUCCGAUAAAUCUAACUACUCUAUCUCGCCAAUUGUCCAUUAUAUUAUUAUUAUUAUUAUUAUUAUUAUCAUCGUCAUCAUCAUCGUCAUCAU